AUACUUUUGUUUUUUUUUAGUUUUUCCUCGCAAGUUGUCCAAUUUUACUCGAAGUAAUGUUAAAUUAAAUUCCUUCGCCUAGUUUGGUCUCAUGUCAAACUUUUUCUAAGUUAUAAUUUCCCUAGUGCGGUGGUUAGAGCACUUAACUCUACUGAAUUAACCCAGAACUCUUUGACUAUCAUGUUAAACACAGAUCAGCCUUGUGCAGUGGAAAAAGUAGCCUCUGUUGUCAGGAACUCUACUUCAAACAACUGGUUGCAGUUUCUUAAAGGUACCAAAAAACCAUCUAAACAAUCGAAGAAAUCAAAAUUUUCAUUCAAACAAAAACAACUUUCCGCCUUGUCAGCUGUCGCUUCAAAAGUGAAGGAGGAUUCCUCUCCAUACAUCGCCCCAGACUUCCCCCGUUACAAGAGUAAACCGGAGGUCGAGCCAUCGCCGAUCCCUAUGGAUGAUGAAGAGGAGCCGCAAAUUGACACUCAAACUGUUAAUUUUCCAUUAAAACCUUUUAGAAAUAAUUAUGUAGCCCUUGAUUGUGAAAUGGUGGGUGUAGACAAAGACAAAAAAGGGAACAUGCUAGGCAGAGUAUCCAUCGUAAACUGGAAUGGAGAAUGUAUUUACGAUAAAUAUGUCAAGCCCAUGGAAAAAGUCACUGACUACAGAACCAGCGUUAGUGGCCUGAAAGCUACAGAUCUACAAAAUGGUGAGGAUUUUACUGUUGUUCAAAAAGAGGUUGCAAGUAUUCUGAAGGGUAAAAUUUUAGUCGGUCAUGCCUUAACCAAUGAUUUUAAAGUAUUGUUUCUGAGUCAUCCACGAAGAAAAAUUCGAGACACUUCAACAUUUCACAAAUUUCGUCAGGCCUGUGGUAAAAGACCAAGUUUGAAAAAAUUAGUGGCAAAAUUUUUACACAGGAACAUCCAAGAUGGGGAGCAUUGUUCAAUUGAGGAUGCAAAAGCAACAAUGCAACUAUUCCAAUUGUUUUGUGAAGAAUGGGAGUCUAGUAUAAAUGGAAAAAAGACUCGAUCCAAAAGAUAACCCAACAUUUUGUCAUCAUGCAAAUAAAAUUUGUUUUACCUGUA